AUGACGAACGAGAGCUACACGAACUUCAGGUUGCAAGGUAUACCGGACGAUGCGCGGACACGCAGAGACGUUCAGGAGCUUGUUCAGCACACCUUGGGCCUAGGAAGCCAGGCCACAGUCACAAUUCAUUCGCUUGCCUCCAGUCCUAUUGAUACGACUUCAAGGGUUGCUACCUUGAGCUUCCAACCCAUUCCUGACACCCUACACCCCAAAAAUCCACCAGAAUGGAGGUUUCCGAUUCCCACGCCUCCCAAUGUCGACGAGGCUAUGAUUCUCAGGCCAAGAUAUCUUAUCUUUGACACUCAUUUCCACGGCCUCACCCCAUUGCACUGCAAAGACGACCAAGAUUGUACUGUCGACUUGAUAGCUGUAUCUGGCCUGGGCGGCCACGCAUUCGGAUCGUUCAAAGAAAGAGACGGCCCAUUCAUGUGGCUCCGUGAUGCUCUUCCUUGGGAGUUUCCGGAGUUCAGAAUCUUCAUCUACGGAUAUGAUACCCAACUGCAAGACAGUAGCUCUUUUCAGAAUCUGACAGACCUCGGAAAGGAGCUUCGGAUGAGCAUCCAGGAGACAAGAGUCACUGGCUCGAACAACCAUAAUCACAUUAUCUUUCUCGGGCAUAGUCUUGGGGGCCUCGUCAUCAAGGAGGCUGUUGUGGUGAUGAAAGACGCUGACGACGAACUUGACACAGACAUACUUCAAUCGACAGCAGCCUUCUUCUUCUUUGGUGUGCCCCAUCAAGGCAUGGCUACAAAGUUUCUCGUGCCACUCGUUAAAGACCAGCCAAACAGAGCUUUACUCGAGACUCUUAGCGUGAAUUCGCCUCUGCUUGGACGGCAGAUGCGAGAUUUUCCACGGGCUUUCGGUAAAAAUGAACCAAGAGUGAUAUCAUUCUAUGAAACGAAAGAAUCUCCGACAGCUGAGCUGGUGAACAAUAGGUGGCGGCUCUCCGGCCCACCGGAGAGGCUCGUGGACCCGGCAUCAGCCACACAUGGUAGCAAAAGCCAACACCCAAUUGAUCGCACGCAUUCAGAGAUGGUGAAGUUUGGCGGAGACUACGACAGAGGGUAUCGAACCUCUCUUGUCAUUCUCCGGCAGCUUGAGCAGAAGAUGGUUGAAACCAUGCGAAGAGCUGUUCGUGCAGCAUAUUCAAGCGUCCCGACACUUGAAACCAAGCAACGCGAAUGCCUGCAGUCUCUGGCUUUUCGAGAGCAAAACCUGAGAAGGGACGACAUCAUUCCUGCAGAAGAUACGUGCAACUGGGCACUCAAUGAUCCUCGAUAUGCCGAUUGGAUGCGCUCUACCCAGGAUCUUCUUUGGAUAAAAGGCAACCCAGGGGUUGGCAAAUCAACCACCAUGAAGCACAUUUGGGAUACCAUGCAACAAAAUUCCGAUGCAGAACUAGUUGCCUCGUUUUUCAUUCAUGGCAGAGGUGUUCCAUUACAAAAAACGCUCGUUGGCCUGUACAGAGCGCUCCUGAACAGUCUACUGGGCUACUUUCCAGAUCACCUUGACGAACUUACUCGACGCUUUGAAGAGAAGGAAACACAGUUUGGCUCUUGGGAGAACCAAAAAUGGGAGUGGAAUCAACCAGAGCUGCAGCAAUUCCUUUCCAAAUUCCUCCUGGAGGCUUCCAGAUCUCGCCCGAUAAUCAUCUACAUUGACGCUCUUGACGAAUGUGGAGCAGAAAAUGCGCAGAAGCUUUUGGAGCAACUGAAGCAGCUGAAGAUAUCGGCCCAAGGCCAAAAUUCACGCCUCAAAAUCUGUUUUUCGUCCAGACACUACCCAAUCCUUGGCCUUGAAUCCAUCUCGACGAUUUACAUCGAAGAUCAAAAUGACCGCGACAUUCGAAAGGUUAUAAGAGAUACCCUUCAAGAAAUCGACGUAGCCACCAAAAAAUACCAGAUCGAGAACGAGAUAGUAUCCAAGGCGCAGGGGGGAUUUCAGUGGGCUGUGUUAGUCGCUGCUAAGGCUGCGGACCUGAACAGAAAAGGCGUCAACGCGCAGGCCAUACAUGAAGAAAUCAGACAGAUUCCAACGGAGUUGAAUCAGCUAUACUCGGAUCUUCUCAAUUCCGUGGAUGCUAGCGACCGGGAACAAACCGAAAAGCUAUUCCAGUGGGUUCUGUGUGCCCAACGCCCGCUGAGGAUCGCAGAGCUCCGCGAAGCUUUGGCACUUGACUCAGACACAGAGCUUCCCUCUAUCACAUGCCUCAGAACAAGUCAAUACUACUGCGACUCUCUACAAGAUACGGAAAGGCGAAUCAAAGACCUUUCGAAAGGCCUCAUUGAAAUCAAAUCCCGGGAGAUUUUCACCAUCACAGUGGAUGAUGAGAGUUUCAUACGUGAGGCGCAGUUCAUACAUCAGUCUGUACCGGACUUUCUAGUCAAGGGUCACCAAGUCAUUCCGGCCUUGUUCGAGGAUACAUACUCUCCAGUUGGUGCCGGUCAUUCAAAAAUCGCACGAGCUUGUGUCAUGUAUCUUGGUCUAGCGGAGCUUUGGGUGGCUGCGAAGCAUUCUUGGAACAUCUACACCGUGGCCGACUAA